CUUAGCAUAUAUAUAAUUUCACUAUUUCGAUCAUCAACUUCUUUGAUAAUAUCAAUUCUUAUAGUUUCAGUUCAUAUUAUUUCUAUCACUUCAUGAGUCAAGCUAAAAUACAAGAAUCGAUUUAUUUUCUAGAGAAGUGAUCGUUGAAGUCAUAAUUUAUUUAUUUUUUCUUGCUUCCAUCGUGAAAUUCGAUAAUCUAAAUUAUUUCAAAGUUUGUUAAGAAUAGACACUCAAAUGAAGAGUCCUUCUAAGAAAUUAAGUAACAUUAUAGCCAAGUGGAGAAAAGGAAAGAAAGGUCAAUUUGUUGUGUAUACAAAGGAAGGCAAGAGAUUUGUUGUGCCAUUGUACUAUCUAAAUCAUCCAAUUUUCAAAGUUUUACUUGAAAUGGCUGAAGAGGAGUAUGGUUCAAAUGUGAAUGGCCCUUUGCAAGUUCCUUGUGAGAAUGAAUUGAUGGAGUAUAUUCUAUGUUUGUUGAGAACAAAACUUGGUAAUGUGGAAAUUGGAGAAGCAAUUUCCUCUAUUGGUACAUGUAGAGAAACAAAUGUUUCUUGUAAUUUCUCCUCUUUGCAAUGUGAUAGUUUAGUUGAAAGUAUGUCUUGAUGACUUCAUUAGGUUAGAAGAUAGAGUAGGAGAUGAUGAUUAUAUAUGCAUUGUAAAUUACUAUAACAUUGAUGACAAGUUUGAAGUUUUGAUACUUUUUUACAUACAUUUCUAGUUUUAGCAAUUCUUCCACUCCCUCUGAUGUUCUCCUUUUUUUUUUCUUUUUGGUGUUUGAUAUUCGUAUGGGUUUGGUUAAAUUUAGAUUCACGUAUGACAGAACAUACGUACUAAUGUAAGCUACCACUCACAUGAUUUUUUCUAUUUCCAAAAAUUCAAAUCUAAAACUUCUAAUUAUCGAUAAAAAAUCUCAAUCGUCUCCAACCCUUUAAUGUUCUUCAACAUUUGAGUAACAUACUAAUUAAUCAUUAUAUAGUAGUAGCUUUUUUUUUUCUUGUUCGGUUAAUUAACUUCAUUAAAGGAUAAAUAUCUUCUUAUUAUGAGUAUCUUCAUUCUCAAAACUUGACCCGAAAUCUCAAAUUAAUUAAAGGGAAAAUUAUAUAUAAUAGCAAACUAAUAACCUAAAUUAAAUGGAAUAGCUAGGGUUUGAUUUAAUUGUGCUCCAUAGCAAA